AUGCGGUUUGUCAUAAAUGCUGUUAAUAAAAUCAAAGCUAAAUCAUUGAAUGACCGUUUGUUUCGACAAUUAUGCCACGAAAAUGAUGAAGACUUUGAACGCCUUGUUCUACACACCGAACCACUUGAUAAACAACUUUACGAUGAAUUACAUAAAAGAGAGACGAAUAUCGCAUACCUAGCAGAUAUUUUUGAAAAACUUAAUGAAGUCAAUAAAAAUUUGGAAGGUGAUAAAAUUAAUCUUAUCAAAUCUAAGUCCAUUAUUAGUGCAUUUAUUUCAAAAUUAAGUCUUUUGAAAGAAAAGAUUGGUCGUCGUGAAUUUAAUAAUUUUUCUAACUUAUCAAUAUCACAACAAAUCUUAGAUUCUGACUUAGAAAUAUACUGUGCACACCUUGAAUCCCUUAAAGAUAAUAUGAGUACUAGAUUUAAGGAUAUCAACGACCUGAUUAUACCAGAAUGGGUAUUGAAUCCAUUUUUAACGGAUAUACAAAAUGUCCAACCAUUAAUUCAAGAAGAACUACUCGAAGUGAAGCACAAUGAAGAAGCUAAAAUCGAUUUUAAACAUAAUGGAUACGAGUUGUUUUGGCUCAAACAAAAAACUAUGUACCCUCAACUUUGGAAAGAAGUGGAAUUACUAAUUAUGGCCUUUCCGUCGACAUACCUGGUCGAAAAAGGCUUUAGUGCGGUUCAACAACUUUUGACCAAAUCAAGAAAUAAAUUAGAAAUAUGUGAAAGAGGAGAUUGA